GGUUGUCGUUGUCAAGGGGUAGGAACGUCAGGUCCGAGACAGGGCUAGGAGUGUGGAGAUGGGUUCGCUUCUAAUCGAGUCCGUGUGGGGUUGGUCCAUAUUCGCUCUGGUUUUACUGGCAAUUCUGGUUUUUUGUUGGACGUAUAUCCGUCGAUACCAGAGUCAGCAAGAAAGUGAAGUUGUCUCUACCAUAACUGCUAUUUGCGCACUUGCUGUAGCAUUGAUUACUUCGUCAUUGCUGCCUGUUGACAUAUUCCUUGUUUCUUACAUGAAAGAUUCCAGAGGGUCUUACAAGGAAUGGGCAGCGGACAACAUCACAAGGCAGAAUAUUGAAGACACUGUACUGUAUGGAUAUUACACCUUGUAUUCCAUCAUCCUAUUUUGCGUCUUCCUCUGGAUCCCAUUUGUCUACUUCUACUAUGAAGACAAAGAGGAUGAAGAUCCCAAUAAGUGUUCUCAAGUGAAGAAUGCACUGAAGUAUACCCUGGGUUUUGUGUUUAUCUGUUCCAUCCUUUUCUUAAUUGGUGCAUUCGUUCCUUUGAAUGUUCCAGUGAACCAGAACUCCACAGAAUGGGAAAAAGUGAAACUUUUAUUUGAGGAACUGGGAAGCAGCCAUGGUUUGGCUGCUUUGUCUUUUUCCAUAAGCACCUUAACCUUGAUUGGUAUGCUCGCAGUGAUAACUUACACAGCUUAUGGAAUGUCUGCAUUGCCAUUAAAUUUGAUAAGAGGUACAAGGAAUGUGGUUUAUGAAAGACUUCAGAAUACCGAAGACCUUGAAGAAGUGGAACAGCAAGUGGAAAAGAUUAAAUCCAAGUGUGUGGAUGGCCGCCCACUUUCCACGGGGGACCGGAAAGCAUUACAGAAGCUGCAGGAAAAGUUGCGGACACUUAGAAGAAGAGACAGACACCUGGAAACUGCAGAGAGAAGUUGUUGGUUAAAGUUUUGCUGUGCUCUACGACCCCUUAAGAUUGCUCUGGGGAUAUUUUUGAUUUUGGUGGCCCUUCUGUUCAUCAUUGCUCUUUUUCUGUCAAACUUGGAUAAAGCACUCCAUUCAGUGGGUUUUGAUUCUGGAUUUAUAAUAUUUGAAACUAACUUGGCAAAUCCUUUGAAUAAGUUGUUGCUUGUUCUACAGAUAGUUUUCCCGCUGGAUUAUGUCCUAAUUGCAAUCAUUACAAUGUAUUUAGUCUUCGCUUCCAUGGCCGGGAUCCGAAACAUGGGAAUCUGGUUUUUCUGGAUAAGGCUGUACAAGAUUAGACCUGGCCGAACACGACCCCAAGCUCUCCUUUUUCUUUGUAUGAUCCUGCUACUGAUGGUUCUGCACACAAGUUAUAUGAUUUACAGUCUGGCACCCCAGUACGUUAUGUAUGGAAGUCAAAAGUAUCAAGAGCAAGUCAACCAUACUUCAUUUAGCUUAGGGCAAGCGAAUUCAAAUGCAACUUGGGUGACGAAGAUGUGUGAUGCAAAGGCACCUGAAGAUCAGUGCACAGUGACGAGGACAUAUCUCUUCCUUCACAAAUUCUGGUUCUUCAAUGUUGUAUACUAUUUUGGCAAUUGGGCAUUUAUUGCAGUCUUCCUAAUUGGGCUAAUUGUCUCCUGUUGCAAAGGGAAGCGUUCAGUCAUCGAGGGGGAGGUAGAUGAUGAUGAUUCUGAUUUAAGUGAUGAUGAUCUCAUGGAGAGAUAUCAUAUUUAAAUCAAUGCUGUGUUCCUCAGCUUGAGUUUCUGGGCCACAUGGGGGAUGAAAAGAAACUCUGUUCUGUUUAUCAAUGAAGUAUUUAAACCAACUUAGAAAAUGGGUUGUAUUUGUUCCUCUUUGGAGUGCAGACUUUGAAGAAGAGGUACGGGGGAUAUGUGAAGUUAUAGAAUGAAAAACGUUGAAUCCAAGUAAUAUUGUAUUAAAUUCAGCCAUUUUGCUGACAGCUGUUUUUUUCUUAAAUACAUUCAAAGGGGCUGCUAAUUUUCUAGAUGGUUUUAAAAGGAACAGGUUAAUUUGCAGAUGACUGCAUGUGAUUUUUGAAAUUACAUUCAAUAAGUAUUUUUGCCUCUUAACAUUAAACUGAUGUCUUAAAAAACAUGCACAUUUUGGUUUUAUGAUUGCACACAGAACUAAGUGGUACAUCAUAUCUGUAAACAAACAUUGUUUUUUGUUUUUUUUUAAUUAGUAAUCACUGAAUGCCAAGUCUAAUUGUGCAGUUUAAAAUAAUAAUUUACUGUUACCUGGAAGUUACUU